UCCUCCAACUGGGCAAAGGGACCAACCUGCGUCUUCCACCCGCGGCAACUGCACAUUCCCCGGCUGAAAUACACUCCACCAGUACAGACUUAAAGGACCACAACCAUGACGGACUCCAAAUAUUUCACAACGAACAAAAAAGGGGAGAUCUUUGAACUGAAGGCAGAGCUGAACAAUGAGAAGAAGGAAAAGAGAAAAGAGGCCGUGAAGAAGGUCAUUGCAGCCAUGACUGUUGGCAAGGAUGUCAGUUCCUUGUUUCCAGAUGUGGUGAACUGCAUGCAGACUGACAACCUGGAGCUGAAGAAGUUGGUUUACCUGUACUUAAUGAACUAUGCCAAGAGCCAACCUGACAUGGCCAUCAUGGCUGUCAACAGCUUUGUCAAGGACUGCGAGGACCCCAACCCUCUCAUCCGAGCUCUGGCCGUCCGCACCAUGGGCUGCAUCCGGGUGGACAAAAUCACAGAGUACCUGUGUGAGCCUCUGAGGAAAUGCUUGAAGGACGAGGACCCUUACGUGAGGAAGACGGCAGCUGUGUGUGUGGCGAAACUUCAUGACAUCAAUGCCCAGAUGGUGGAGGACCAGGGCUUCCUGGACUCUCUGAGAGAUCUCAUAGCUGACUCAAAUCCCAUGGUUGUGGCCAAUGCAGUUGCUGCCCUGUCGGAGAUCAGUGAGUCUCACCCGAACAGCAACCUGCUGGAUCUCAAUCCCCAGAACAUCAACAAGCUCCUGACGGCCCUCAAUGAGUGCACAGAGUGGGGACAGAUCUUCAUCCUGGACUGCCUGUCCAACUACAACCCCAAGGAUGAGCGUGAGGCCCAAAGCAUCUGUGAGCGUGUAACUCCCCGACUGUCUCACGCCAACUCAGCCGUGGUGCUAUCAGCUGUCAAGGUGCUGAUGAAAUUCUUAGAGCUGCUGCCCAAGGACUCCGACUACUACAACACCUUGCUGAAGAAGCUGUCUCCACCACUGGUCACCUUGCUCUCCGGAGAGCCAGAGGUGCAGUAUGUGGCUCUGAGGAACAUCAACCUCAUUGUCCAGAAAAGGCCUGAGAUCCUGAAGCAGGAGAUAAAGGUGUUCUUUGUCAAAUACAACGACCCAAUCUAUGUGAAACUGGAGAAACUGGACAUCAUGAUCCGCUUGGCCUCUCAGGCCAACAUCGCCCAGGUGCUGGCUGAACUGAAGGAAUACGCCACAGAGGUGGAUGUUGACUUUGUGCGCAAGGCUGUCCGAGCCAUCGGACGCUGUGCCAUCAAAGUAGAGCAAUCAGCGGAGCGCUGUGUCAGCACGCUGCUGGACCUGAUCCAGACGAAAGUCAACUACGUGGUUCAGGAGGCUAUUGUGGUCAUCAGAGACAUCUUUCGCAAGUACCCCAACAAGUAUGAAAGCAUCAUUGCCACACUGUGUGAGAACCUGGACUCUCUGGACGAGCCUGACGCUCGUGCUGCAAUGAUCUGGAUCGUUGGUGAAUAUGCAGAGAGGAUCGACAACGCUGACGAGUUGCUAGAGAGCUUCCUCGAGGGUUUCCAUGACGAGAGCACUCAGGUCCAGCUCACUCUGCUGACUGCCAUUGUGAAGCUGUUCCUUAAGAAGCCAUCAGAGACCCAGGAGUUGGUGCAGCAGGUCCUAAGCCUGGCUACACAGGACUCUGACAACCCUGACCUGCGUGACAGGGGCUACAUUUAUUGGCGCCUUCUGUCCACCGACCCUGUGACCGCCAAGGAGGUAGUAUUGUCUGAAAAGCCCCUGAUCUCUGAGGAGACUGACCUGAUUGAGCCCACCCUGCUGGAUGAGCUCAUCUGCCACAUCGGCUCUCUGGCCUCCGUCUAUCACAAACCGCCCAGCGCCUUUGUGGAGGGCAGCCACGGAGUCCACCGGAAACACCUUCCUGUCCAGCACAGCAGCAUUGAUACAGGUGAGAGCCCAGUGAGCAGUGGGCCGGCAGCUGCCAUGGACCAGACAUCUGUGAUCCCCAGCCAGGGUGACCUGCUGGGUGACCUGCUCAACCUGGACCUGGGCCCUCCAGUCAAUGUGCCCCAAGUGUCCUCCAUGCAAAUGGGUGCAGUGGACCUGUUGGGAGGAGGCCUGGACAGCUUGCUGGGGGGAGACCUGGGCGGAGGUGUUGGGGGAAGUCCAGCAGUGGGACAGAACUUCAUCCCCUCGUCUGUCCCCAGCACUUUUGCUCCCUCACCUACACCAGCACCGCCGGCCGUCAGCAGCGGCCUCAACGACUUGUUUGAGAUUUCCACAGGCAUGGCCAACACCACCGGAGGCCACAUUGCUGCAAAAUCAGUGUGGCUGCCUGCAGUGAAAGCCAAGGGACUGGAGAUCUCUGGGACCUUCUCUCGCCGCCAGGGCCACAUGUACAUGGACAUGACCUUCACAAACAAGGCCCUGCAGCACAUGACCGACUUCGCUGUCCAGUUCAACAAGAACAGUUUUGGCGUCAUCCCUACCACUCCUCUUGCCGUCCACACUCCUCUGAUGCCCAGUCAGAGUAUUGAAGUCUCUCUGCCUCUUAAUACCAUCGGACCAGUCAUGAAGAUGGACCCACUCAAUAAUCUGCAGGUGGCUGUGAAGAACAACAUAGAUGUCUUCUACUUCAGCGUACUCAUCCCUCUCUACGUUUUCUUUGUCGAGGAUGGAAAAAUGGAGCGACAGGUGUUCCUAGCUACCUGGAAAGACAUCCCGAAUGAGAAUGAGCUCCAAUAUCAGAUAAAGGAGUGUCACCUAAAUGCAGACACUGUGUCGGGGAAGCUGCAGAGUAACAACAUCUACACCAUUGCCAAGAGAAACGUAGAAGGCCAGGACAUGCUGUACCAGUCCCUCAAGCUGACCAAUGGCAUCUGGAUCCUGGCUGAGCUCCGCAUUCAGCCUGGAAACCCCAACUACACGCUGUCGCUCAAGUGUCGGGCACCUGAGGUUUCUCAGUACGUCUUCCUGAUGUAUGACUCUGUGCUGAAGAAUUGAUCCGCUCCAUCAUUCAGCCACUCUGCUUCCUCCUGACAGUAAACAGCAGUGUUUUAUCAUUUUCUCUUACAUGCAGCUAACUGCCAAAACAAGGGAAUCCAGACAGUUAAUGACACCGUGCACAUUUGGAAUAUUUUCCUUUGAGAGCCUCAACCAGGCAACUUUCACCAAGCUGUGGUUCUGUAUUAUGAACUGAAGUGAAUCAUACUGUCGUUUCCCUUAUUUUGGCAGCUGAAAUCAUUGAUGAAUUCUCUUAAAUCAACUCCCCAUUUCCGUUUUUACCUCACAGUGGAAAAUUUGACGACCAUUCCAUCCUUAACUUAGUGUCUUAAUGUUGUGAAGAUUUGACUGAUGGUGAAACUUUCCCGAGUUGAACAAGAAAUCUCCCCUGUUUCCAUGGAGCCAUUGUAUUGAUUUUAUCUUGUAUGCUGCAGCUUCUUUUGCUUUUGAUUUAUUUUUGAUACUGGCUUUGCUUCAGUUGUACCCACAUAUUAAUAUCAGUGUUGAUUGUUUCCCCUCUUGCCAUUAGUGUGUGAAGGUUUGAGACCAGUAAUAAUAUUUCAGGAAACAUGGCUUAAAAUGAACUAUUACUUAUUGUUAAAUUAACAUUGAGCAGCAUUUGUAUUGCAGUUUCUCCUGUCAUGAAUUCAACACAGCUACUUCUAGGUUAUUCAAUUACUCACAGUUUUUGCAGCAUUUUAAAGGAAACAUUUUAACAUUUGAAUAUUGAAAAGUAUGAAAUAUUAGUUGAAUAAUUGAAAAAGCUUUAAGUGGAGUUCUUAAAAGGUGAAAACAGAGAAAUCAGAUUAGGGCUGCACGAUAUCAGGAAAAAAAGGCAAUAUGUGAUAACGUUGAAUAUCGCGACUUGCAAUACAUAAACAGUCCCAGGCUACAAAGGCGGGGACCAUGGACAGUACCACAGCCGAGGGAAGGGGCACAGCACCACCAAGUCCGGGGCAGACACCCAGGGAGCCAUGCACAGCUCCACUGUGUCACACACAGUGAUCAUUUGGGAUCUUUUCAUACGUUUCAUACGCACUUUGAUAUCCCGAUGGCGAUAAGUUUUCAAUAUAUUGUGCAGCCCUAAUUCAUACCAGAGAUUACGUACUAAGCCAAGCACUUUACUGCUUCUCACAUGAAUUACUUUGUGUUGCCCACAUGAAUGUGCAUCAUUCAUCUAUAAACAGGGAUGUUUUGUGAUUAAUCUGGCAGAGUGGGGGCAUGUAGUGUUGCAGGUGGUGAAACAGAGGCAGGUUCGCAGAGGUCUUAAUCACAAAGCUCUCUGUCCAUCUCCACCUAUCCCCAAACCUCUCUAAAAAGCAAACAAGUUUCAAACCACAUGAAGAAGUCGUGUUUAAAAAUAUUUAAUACAUUCAGUAAAGUGAGUGUAUCUGCAGGCUGUAGAACAGACGGACUAAAAAGUAACAUACAGUAAAUUUGUUUGUUUAAAAUUCCUUGACAAAAUUGCUCGGUUGCUGUUAUUUUCAUCAUAUAUGUCUUCGCUUACUAGCUUGGAACCACUACACAAACCACAUCAGCUAAUGAUUAUAUGACCACACACCAGUGCCACUCCAUUUUAAGAAUAGUUGCACAUUACGUUCAAAUAUAUUUUCUUUCUUGUAAGAGCCCUGUUUACUGCAACCACAUAGUUGUACACGGCUUUAUACACCUAUAUUGUCAUUCCUAUUUAUUGUGCAUCUACCUCUGCGUUAAUGUUGCAGUUGCUUCAGACCUGUUAUGUGCUUUAAAUGUCUUCAUUGUUUCUUUUGAUGCCAGUGUUGUUUUUUUUAUCUUUCUGUUGUCAAGCCAGUCUAAACCUAUGGCGAGUCGGCCAAACCAGUCUCACUGGACCAAGCAUUCAUGCAAAUUAAAAUGCCAAGUUAAUGUUCUACUACCCUAGUCUUAGUAUAAUUUUCUAAUAUUGGCAGUGUGUGGGCUAUAGAGCCUUAAAGUGCAUACAAACUAAGACCUAGUUGCCCAAGUGCAGUGUAGUCCAGUGAUGGUGUAGUUAAUGUAGCUGAUCAAUUUAAAUGUUUUGGUAUUUCCAUGAAAAUGAAAUAAAGCCUGGCCUCUUAUCUAUUCAAAAGAAAAGGCUUUUAAUCUGAAAAUCAGUUGUGUUGGUGACACUAUUUUCAUACAUAAUAAUAUAAAAAUAAUAUGUUUGUGCCUGCAUGAGCUCACUGUCCAUUUUAUCUUUUUUUUUCAUCUAGGAUGUGGGUUUGCUUCGUUAAAAAAAAAAAGAUUAUCUUCAAAUGUCAUAUGUCUCUUUGGGAUCUUGUUUUAUUACAACACCAUUGUCUCUAUAGAACUCCCACAAAUAGAAGUAUAUACAAAACUGUUUCCAGCAAUACAGAAUGUAUGGAGAGAGUUAUCGUAGAAUCUUAUGAAAUUGAAUAUUCCUCCCAUUCAUUGAUGUAACCCUGUUGUAAAUGGUUAUGGUCACAUUACCACAUCUAAUGUUAAUAAACUGUCAAACUCA